CAUUAACCCACUUGUCUGUCCAUUACGACAUCGUAAAGUCGACCAAUCCUUUCUAACACACACCCUAAUCUCAUAAUCCCCACACAAAAAAACCAACGAAAACUCCCAUUCACCUCGCAAUGGCUGCUGUUCCGAUCACUUGUGUUAAGUUCACGACUUCUUCCAUGCACACCAAUCAGAUAAUAGGCAAACCUUCGAUACACAAGUUAAUCUCAUUGGGUCGGGUCACAAGUGGCGUCCCUUGCUUGAGACUGAGAGAAUCCCGUUUUCAAAUCUCUUGUGCAGCAAAACCAGAGACAGUGACCAAAGUUUGUGAAAUUGUUAAGACGCAAUUGGCUUUGUCAGCAGACUCUGUGGUUGAACCUGACUCUAAAUUCUCAGCCCUUGGUGCCGAUUCCCUUGAUACGGUUGAAAUAGUGAUGACAUUAGAAGAAGAAUUUGGCAUCAGUGUUGAAGAGGAGAAUUCCCAAAACAUAACUACGGUUCAAGAAGCAGCUGAUCUUAUUGAGAAACUCGUUGAGAAGAAAAACGCAACGGCUUGAAUGUUAUCAUCAUUAUAAUUGUAUUUUUAGGCCACCCACUAUAUUAAACAAUUCAUUCAUUUCAAGAUUUUGUUUGGAAUCGAGAAAAAUCAUAAGUAUGAUCAAUUAUUUGCUAGAUUUUUGGAUUUAAUGAGACGUGUUUUUGGAUCCAUGGA